AACCCACAAAUUAAGCUUGAAAAAAAGUAAACCUUAGAACAAACAAGCAAUGGCUUCUUCUUCUGCUAAUAAGUGUCGCCCCUUGGCUAAUUUUCACCCAACUGUUUGGGGAUAUCAUUUCCUUUCUUAUACUCAUGAAAUUACUAACCAAGAAAAAGUUGAAGUUGAUGAGUACAAAGAGACAAUCAGGAAAAUGCUGGUGGAAGCUCCUGAAGGUAGUGAACAAAAACUUGUGCUGAUAGACGCGAUGCAACGAUUGGGAGUGGCAUAUCAUUUCCAUAAUGAAAUUGAAACAUCCAUUCAAAACAUUUUUGAUGCGUCCAAACAGAAUGAUAAUGACAACAACCUUUACUUUGUUUCUCUUCGUUUUCGACUUGUGAGGCAACAAGGCCAUUACAUGUCUUCAGAUGUGUUCAAGCAAUUCACCAACCAAGAUGGGAAAUUCAAGGAAAGGCUUACUAAUGAUGUCCAAGGAUUAUUGAGUUUGUAUGAAGCAUCACAUCUGAGAGUGCGCGAUGAGGAGAUUCUUGAAGAAGCUCUUACCUUUACCACCACUCAUCUCGAGUCUAUUGUCUCCAACUUGAGCAAUAAUAAUAACUCUCUUAAGGUUGAAGUUAGUGAAGCCUUAAGUCAGCCUAUUCGCAUGACUUUACCAAGGGUGGGAGCAAGGAAAUACAUAUCCAUUUACGAAAACAAUGAUGCACACAAUCAUUUGCUUUUGAAAUUUGCUAAAUUGGAUUUUAACAUGCUGCAAAAGUUUCACCAAGGAGAGCUUAGUGAUCUUACAAGGUGGUGGAAAGAUUUGGAUUUUGCAAAUAAAAUUCCAUAUGCAAGAGACAGAUUGGUUGAGUGUUACUUUUGGAUAUUAGGAGUGUAUUUUGAGCCAAAGUAUAGUCGUGCGAGAAAAAUGAUGACAAAAGUACUCAAGAUGACCUCCAUUAUUGAUGACACUUUUGAUGCUUAUGCUAACUUUGACGAACUUGUGACUUUCAAUGAUGCAAUCCAGAGGUGGGAUGCUAAUGCAAUCGAUUCAAUACCGCCAUAUAUGAGACCCAUUUAUCAAGCUCUUCUAGACAUUUACAGUGAAAUGGAACAAGUGUUGUCCAAUGAAGGUAAACUGGACCGUGUAUACUAUGCAAAAUAUGAGAUGAAAAAGUUGGUGAGAGCCUAUUUUAAGGAAGCCCAAUGGUUGAACGAUGAUAAUCAUAUUCCAAAAUAUGAGGAACACAUGGAGAAUGCAAUCGUAAGUCUUGGCUAUAUGAUGGGAGCAACAAAUUGCUUGGUUGGUAUGGAGGAAUUUAUAUCUAAAGAGACUUUUGAAUGGUUGAUGAAUGAGCCUGUGAUUGUUCGAGCUUCCUCUUUGAUUGGCAGAGCAAUGGACGAUAUUGUUGGACAUGAAGUUGAACAAGAAAGAGGACAUGUAGCUUCAGUUAUUGAAUGUUACACGAAAGAUUAUGGAGCUUCAAAGCAAGAGGCUUACGUUAAGUUCCAGAAAGAGGUCACCAAUGCAUGGAAGGACAUAAACAAAGAAUUCUUCCGUCCAACUGAAGUACCAAUGUUUGUCCUUGAAAGAGUUUUAAAUUUCACACGUGUGAUAGACACAUUAUAUAAAGAGGAAGAUGGAUAUACAAACGCCAGAGGCAAACUUAAAAACAUGAUUAACUCGAUACUGAUUGAAUCUGUCAAAAUAUAAAUAAAAUGAUGAAAUUGCACCUUCAUCAUUCAAAUAUUCAGAGCAAAAUAAGGCACAUACAAUAAAUUGAAGAUCUUUAAUAUGCUUUUCAUAAUAUAUGAGCUGUUAAUUCCUGGGGAAUGUUUGAAAUAAACAAUAGUUGCUUUAAAUUUACUUAAGCAAAAGUGUGGUUGGUUUGUCUUUUUCCUGUCAUGUUCAUUUUCAAAAAAUAUACAACACUUGAGUUGUAUUAAAUCCUGUUUUAUUUCAUUUCCAGCUUGUUGGAUGAUUGUUAAUUAUCAUCACUUUAUAAUGUAUUGUAUUUGUAUUGUAUUGUUAUCCUAAUAAAAUUUGAAUAAAUUGUAUUUUUAA